AUGGAAAACGCUCCGGUAGAAAUUUACAAAGAAGACAAUAAGUGCCUCUCCACGCUGCUGGAAGACUGUCCGGUGAAUUCUUCUGCUCCUUGGGUGUCCGGAUACUCCGACAGCCGCAAUGUGACCCACGAUGAUGACAGCUGGGAGCAGGAGAGCAUGUCCCCCAUCAUCCCCAUCAUCACUGCGGUGUACUCGGUGGUGUUUGUGGUCGGCUUGUUGGGCAACUGCCUCGUCAUGUAUGUGAUCAUCAGGUACACAAAGAUGAAGACGGCCACCAACAUUUACAUUUUCAACCUGGCGCUCGCCGACGCCCUCGUCACCACCACCAUGCCCUUCCAGAGCACCGACUACCUUCUGAACACGUGGCCCUUCGGCGAGGUGGUCUGCAAGGUCUUCAUCUCCAUCGACUACUACAACAUGUUCACCAGCAUCUUCACCCUCACCAUGAUGAGCGUCGAUCGCUACGUGGCCGUGUGUCACCCGGUUAAAGCGCUGGACUUCCGCACUCCCAUCAAAGCCAAGAUGAUCAACGUGUGCAUCUGGAUCUUGUCCUCGGCUGCAGGGAUUCCUGCGUUCGUACUGGGUGGUACCCAGACCAACAGCGACAUAACUGAGUGUGCCUUGCAGUUCCCGGAGCCGUACACGUACUGGGACACGCUGAUGAAGAUCUGCGUGUUUGUGUUUGCCUUCGUCGUGCCUGUGCUCAUCAUCACCGUGUGCUACUCCCUCAUGGUCCUGAGGCUGAAGAGCGUCCGAAUGCUGUCCGGCUCGCGCGAGAAGGAUCGCAACCUGCGGCGGAUCACCAGGCUGGUGGUGGUGGUGGUGGCCGUGUUCGUGGUCUGCUGGACGCCCAUCCACAUCUUCAUCCUGGUCAAAGCUCUCGUGAGCAUCCCGGAAACCACCGCCAUCAUGGCCGCCUACUUCUUCUGCGUGGCUCUGGGCUACACCAACAGCAGCCUCAAUCCUGUCCUCUAUGCCUUUCUGGAUGAGAACUUCAAACGCUGCUUCAAAGACUUCUGCCUCUCGGCCAGACUGAAGGGGGAGAAGGUGUCAGGAAGCAAAAAGGCCCUGAGCACCGUGCGGGAGGCCGCCGUUCCCCUGGAGAACCCGGACGGGACGAGAAAGCCGACAUGACUAGCGGUGGAACUGUCUUCAAUUUCCCACAUUGGAAAAGAAGACUCACAUGACCUGGGAUUGACCCACAUCACAUCAGCAAUGUAGACUGUGAUUCUGACUCUGAUUCACUUCAUUUUCAUCAUCACCUGGGGUUAAACGGUGCCAAAACUGAUUGAUGGAUUUCAUUAAAGCAUUCAAGGGAACAUUUAUAAAUUGUAUUCCACCUUCACCAUGAAUUGAAAUGUUGCUCUCCUGCAUAUUAACGUCAUCGUCCUGCCCUCAGCGCUUGUUUCCUUCAAGCAGCUGAUCGCAGGCCGUGAUAAAGAUUGUAUAUUUAUUAUAUGAACUUGCAGGUUGAUGUAAAGAUGACGAUUAAGUAGGAAAAAAGGCCAAAUGUGAUGGAAGUAUGUCUUCAACAGUAUUUAUUUUUGUUCUCCUCGA